GAAACUCUCCUUUCCGAAAUCAAAAUCUAUGUUAUAUGGAUGAUUGUCAACAAAAUGAAAGCGAUUCCCCAACGGAUUCUGUGAAGCUGUUUCGAGAACGACCUAUUCAACGUGGACAGGAAGGAGAGAAAGAAAAAUUACCUCGUCCAAACCGACGUAGUAUAGCACUUCCCGUUUUGAUUUAGUAAUUUGACGCCAGUAGUAGUGGAUAUAUCCCAUGCUGUAACUAGUAGAGCUAUAAAAGAGAUUUUUCGGAAUCUCGUGUUUACGAAAAAUUCUGUUCGGCUAUUGAGAUGAGAAGUCAUGUUAACAGCCAGAAUAUGUUCGAUAUUAUGGUUUGUGGCCUUCUUAUCUGGAAGUUUGUCGACUAUCCCAAAGCACUCGUGUCCCAACCGCCUCGUCAUCAAACCCUGCAUGUGUGCCGUUAAACCAAAAGGGAUUAAUUUAUCCUGCGAGGAUAUGAAAGUCGAAGAGUUGCAGCAAGUUUUACAUAACAUCGCUAAAAUCGGAGAGAGGAUUUGGUAUCUGAAGUUUAAGAACAACGAAUUAACCAUAUUUCCAUCGGGUCUGCUUCAAGGAUUAGAUGUUCUACACUUCAUGGCCCAUUACAGCGACAUAACGACCGUAGUCGAUGCUGCCUUUUCUUAUCUUGGCGACAAAUUGAAAUUCUUAGAUCUUUCUCACAACUCUCUAGAACAGGUGCCUAGCAAAGCUCUAGAAUCGCUGGCUGAACUCACUUCGUUGAACCUGAAUUAUAACAAAAUUAAAACUUUGCACGCUAACGCCUUCAAAGGUUUGACAUCUCUGAUACGUUUGUCUCUGUAUGGUAAUCGCAUCAAACUAGUUGAUAAUCUGGCUUUCGCCAGUGUGGGAGUUAACUUGACUAGACUGAACUUGGGAUCUAAUCUGCUUAGCCACAUUCCCUCGCCCGCUUUUGAAGUAUUCCAGAAUUUGCAAAGAUUACAACUUCGUGAAAAUCAAAUUACCGCCUUGGAUAGCGAAGGUUUUCAAGGAAUAGGAAACAGCUUAGAUGCUUUGGAUUUGUCUUAUAAUAUGAUCGAAAAUAUUCCCGAAAAAUGCUUCGUCAACCUUCGUAAAUUGGAUUCUUUAGAAAUCGAAAAUAAUCGAAUUAGCAAUAUUCAUAACCAAGCAUUCGACGGAGUUUCAGGAUCUCUGGAAUGGUUAAAGUUAGGCAAUAACGCUUUAGACUACAUACCUUCGGAAGCCUUCAAGCAGAUGAAUAAGCUACGAGAACUCGAUCUACGAGGGAAUAACAUCAGCAAAAUACCCGAAGAUGCUUUUAAAUCUUACGGCCAAGAUCUGAAAUUUAUUUAUCUUCAAGAAAAUAGGAUAGAGACAGUGGAUCCUACUUCAUUUCAAGAUUUGCAGUCGUUGCAAUGGCUGCAUCUUCAUUCCAAUCAUCUAACAUCUCUCCCAUACGAAACAUACAUCCCAGUACUUGACACACUGCAAAUCCUGGACAUUCACGGUAAGGCUAAACUUUUAUCUCUUCGCCAUGUGCCAUGUUCUAGACAGUAUCUUUACUACCCUCUGGUGUCAAAAUUCGAAACA